AAAAGGGGAACCUGGCUGCUCUCAUCGCAUUCAUCACGGUUCAGCUCAGUGAUCCUACGAACCCCACCUCUGCGUGAGAUGGGUUUGAGGUGCAUACCUACGGGCCAGGUACAAACUUUCUGCUGAGGGACGCUGCAGUAAGCACGUAUCGACGUCGCAGAACGGCGAGGUGAUGUCUCUGGGAAAUUGGGCAGGUUCGUUCUGAGGCGUUCCAUGAGCGCAUCUCUGCUGGCUGCCGUGUUACAGUGCAACCAUUGCAAUAAUGUCACGUUGUGUGACUCUUGCGGCGUGGGCUUUCCAGCCGUUCGAGGCGCCGCGCGGGCCUGCGCGCCGGGUAAAAAGAGUUGGUGGUGGCAUAGGAACCCUUUUGCAAUUCACGGGCUGGCGGGCCAAACUCUGAUAGAAUUCACCAUGCCGCUUCUGGGGGAGUGGAGUCGCUGGACCGCACGAACGAGGGCCCUUUCCAACAGCAUCCACAAGGCUCCCAGCCCAUUCAGAGGCCAACCGAUUGGACUAUGGACGAGGGUUCCUAGCCGGCGACACGUUGUUCGUCCAAGUCGCAUACACAGAGCUCAGAAGGGUGGACGCCACAUUGUUGAUUACCGUAGAUGGAACCAGGUUGUGACCAGGCUUUGGCCCAUCCAUGCUCGUCAACCUCGGGUGGAGGGUGGCCUGCACUGUGCAGGACAUGGCGACCACACCUAUUUCUUAUUUAGACGCAACCCAGCCUGCCACCCGUGCGCUGCUUGCUUUGUCAACUGAUUGAUGCUGCGUUGAACUUUCUUUUUGACUGUCGAGAUCCUUUCCUCUCGCGAGUCGUCGUCAUUCCCUUUCUUUGCUUUUUCCCUCCAACGUCUCCACUCCCGGCGGGUCUACCC